AUGUUUGUCAAGACUGCCCUUAUGGCCCUUCUGGCCACCUCUGCCACUGCCAGCGUCAUCACCCUUGACGGCAGCUGUGGUAACCUUGAGCCUACUGCUGAACAGCUCCAGGCUGCCCGUGAGAUGGGCCGCCAGGAGGCCAUGACCUCCUUCGCUGAUGAUGGCGAUGACUUGAAGGCCACCACCAACGUGCCCGUCUAUGUCCAUGUCGUUGCCGCUGGUAAGAGCAGUGAUGAGGGCUAUGUUUCGGAAUCCGACAUCAAGACCCAGAUCUCCAAGAUGAACACUGCCUACGCCAACACCACCUUCCAGUUUGACCUCAAGAAGAUCGACUACACUGUCAACAAGGACUGGUCCGAGAACGGUGAUGAUCUCGCCAUGAAGAAGUCUCUCCGUGUUGGCGACUACAAGACUCUCAACAUCUACUACCAGACCGAUCUUGGACACAGUGGCAACAAUUACGUCCUUGGCUACUGCCACUUCCCCACGACCACUUCCGAGGGCGAGGACAGCUUCACCCUCGAUGGCUGCAAUGUUCUCCACAAGAGCUUGGCUGAGGGCACUACUACCCCUCACGAGGUCGGCCACUGGAUGGGCCUCUUCCACACCUUCCAGGGCGGCUGCACUGGCGACGGCGACAUGGUCGAUGACACCCCCGCCUGCAAGAAGGAUACCUCCUGCCGGGAGGGCACUGAUACUUGCCCCGACGUGGAUGGACUCGACAUGAUCCACAACUACAUGGCCUACGGGCGCUGCCGCUAUGAAUUCACCGAUGGCCAGGCUACCCGCAUGCGCAGCUCCUACAACAAGUACCGCGCUUAA